UUGAAAAUCCCACAAAAGUUCAUCAUUUGCAGAGACCUGGAUUCAACAGAAAACUUAAUAUAGAUUUGUGCACAUUAUGUAAUCGAUACCUGUACAAAAUUCAGACAUCUUUAAAGGAUAAUUGAGAGAUGUGAAGUAUCAUAUUAAAGAAAAGCCAGAUGGAUGGUUUGGUAUCCCAGUCAACCUUCUAACUGAAACUACAUUUACAAAAGAGAUGCAUAUCUUUAAGGCAGAUUCUACAAUAAUACCUCAGAGUUGUAAUAAUAGUGUCUAGUGAAAGUCUUUCUAUUAUCCAGUGUUUUGUCUCAGUGCUUUAUCUUAUUUAAAAGCUGACCAAACUAGUCAUUUAGUAGGCCUGUUAACAUUCAACAUAAAUUAAGCUACCUCAUGUAAAAUGUAAUAUGUGCCAAAUGGACUUAACAUUAUCUUCACAAAGAGUAGUCAUAUAACUUUAUAUCUCCACAAGAUUAGUCAUUUAAAUAUUCAGGCUGUUUCAUUAUUUUUGUAGUCCACUUUAUUAUCUUCACAAGAUUAGUCAUCUAAAUAUACAAGCUGAUUUUUUAUUUUUGUAGUCUUAGAAAGCAUUAAAUAUGAAUGUGAGGCCCAUUGUGUUCGUUGUUGUAGUUGUAUGCUGUACAGUUGCAGGAUGGAUCAUUGGACACCAUACACUUAUUCGAGUGGACAACGAGACUGACCAAUCUGAAAAUGGACAGGUGUCGGAAAAGACUAGUUCUGUUGAAAAACAGAAAAUAUUGAAACAGGGAGAUAACUCUAUACAAAAUCAAACAUCUUCUAUAAAGGGAGAUUACUCAAAUCAAAAUCAACAGUCCUCUGUAAAAGGAGGAAUAACAAUACAAAAUCAAAAAUCUUCUGUAAAUAAUGGAAAUACCUUGAUGAAUACUAUUGUAAGUAAUGACAAAGUAAUUAACAGUAUUAAAAACAGUGAGGGAAGAAAAACAAAUAAAAAGCCUUUUCUGAUAUCAGCUAUAAAAGCUAAAAUGCAGCCUACCAUCAUGAAUAAUAAAAACAUUCAACAAGCAAUAAGAAAAGCUAAACCUGUCGUCACAGAUGUAAGUGUUAACAAUGGUUUAAAAGUGUUCUCCCACAAUGGAAAUGAUUGGAUUCCUGAUAACGGCAUUUGUCAAACAAAAGAUAACUUCAUAAAAGCUUCAUUGGUUAAUUCAUGGGGUAAUACGCCAAUUUAUAUUCAUAGUCCACUUGAUGACAAAUGGGUCAGUGGGGACCUGAUGAAAAGUGGACACUGGGAAGGAAAUUUAGUGAAUCUAGUGUCACGACUUCUCAAUCAAGACAAAGAUUUACAGUUUGUAGACUUGGGAGCAAACAUAGGAGUAUUUGCGCUGUCUAUAGCAAAACUGGGAAGGAGGGUGAUAGCAGUUGAACCAUUGUCGAUUAAUUUACAAAGAUUAUGUAAAUCAGUGGAAUCUGGUGUUUCAUUGGAUGGCAAGCCAUUUUCGGAUAAAAUCACUAUUAUACACAAUGCUCUAUCAGAUACGCGUGAAAAAGUAGAGCUCGGGAAAGAUUUUCAAAAUGUAGGUGGAACAUACGUCUUGAAAGAUAGUAAUGAGAAAAAAGUUCAGGGCAGUUCUGUUUCGGGAAAAUACAAAGAUGUUGUCAUGACAGCAAAAUUGGAUGAUAUACUUCAACUUCCGAAUUUCGAUUUUAAAAAAGUAAUUCUUAAAAUAGAUGUAGAAGGAUAUGAAACAAAAGUUUUUAAUGGUGGACAAACAUUUUUUGAUACUGUAGAUGUUAAAGCAGUUCUUAUGGAAUGGCGCUGGCAUGAAGGAGCACAUGAUCUACAGCAGCUGCUGGAUUUCUUUUUGAAACGAAAUUACAAAGCAUACAAUCCAAAAACUAAUCCACUGAUUCAACUUCAAACACAAAAUGCUCAGAGAUGGCCGGGAGAUGUCUUGUGGCAAAAGUAAUUUGUCAAAUAGGGAGGAAUGAUGUAUUUAAAUUUUUUUCAUUUUUGCAAAAAUUGCAACAGGAUAGUUUUUCUCAAAAAUUAAAAAUAGCAUUUUAAAUUUUGAUAGCAUUAUUUGUAUGCAGAAUUUAUUGAAAUCUUGCAUUACUUUGUUCAUUGUUCAACAUUCACAAUCAUACAUGUAAAUGGACACAAACAUUUCAGUUUUUCCAUUGAAUAUAAUUUUCAUAAGCCUUGAACUUUGAUCAACUCAUAUACAUUCCACUUUCAAGGCCAAAAAUAAAAUUUAGAUUGUUUGAUGUUGCC